AACCUCCUUCGUCCUUUCCUCGCUGGAUUUUUUCCGUUGAAACUCCAAAACUCCAAAACAACAUUGUGGGGGUGGGUGCACAGCCAUUGUAGCUUGGCACCCUGUCUCGAGCUUGUUCACCCACGUUUGAACCCAAUAUGGACUCAUCCCAUCAUGCCCAUGCUAUUGUCAGCGGGAAGAUGAUUGGAUCUGCGUCAAUCCCAACGUGAGCCACGCCGUCAAUUCCGUAUUAUCCUUGUCGGCUCUCACAAUCCCGGUAGGUAUUUAUUUUCCUUCUCAUCUUCCUCCCAGUUUGACGCCGAUGAGAAAGUUGGGACGAACUACUUAACCAAAGGACACAUCUACAUAUUUGAAGCACUCCUAGAUAUUCUUCACUCACAGUCACUACCUUGUUUCCGCAGAAGUAUCACAUCAACAUGAGGUUCUCACGAAAAGUCUGUGCAACGCUCCUGGGAGCUGUGCCAGUGGUUCUUGCCGUUGACCUAGAUGCGACAAACACUGGUGAGAGCAACCUUCAAACGGGCAAUCUUGUACUUUGAAUUCUAGUGGACUAAUAACGCAACAGAUUCCAUCAAAUCGGCCGCGAGCACAAUCGCCCAUGGCAUGAUGUCUUAUUAUACAGGAAACAUCACAAACACGCCAGAAACGUUGGGUGUCUUGCCAGAACCAUACUACUGGUGGGAGGCAGGUGCUAUGUGGGGUAAAUUGAUUAUGUACUUAUAAUUUAGCCGAGAUUUUACUAAUUCGCUUUAGGGGCGAUGAUGGACUACUUUCAUUACACAGGCGAUUCAUCAUACAAUGCUGUUCUGACUCAAGCACUUGAGAGUCAGUUCGGUCCCAACUUUGAUUUCAUGGUGCCACGACACGAAAAGGAUGAAGGAAACGACGACCAAGCAUUUUGGGGGUUUGCUGCCAUGUCCGCUGCUGAGAAGGACUAUCCUCAACCAAGCGGAGAUUUUACCUGGGUUCAACUUGUUGAGAGAUUGUGGAAUACUCAGGUUGUUCGUUGGGAUACCGAACACUGCGGCGGUGGAUUACGAUGGCAAAUCUUCGACUUCAACAAAGGUUACAACUAUAAGAACACCGUCUCCAACGGUGCCUUUUUUCAGCUCUCUGCCCGAUUAGCCCGAUUCACUGGAAACCAAACCUAUGUUGAAUGGGCCGAGAGGUCAUACCAAUGGGCCUUUGAUGUAGGCCUUAUUACUCCAGAUUACCACGUUUUCGACGGGGCUGAUAUUUCGACAAACUGCGCUGAAGCGGUCAAGCUCAUCUGGACAUACAAUGCAGGUAUUUACAUGUACGGUGCGGCCAUGAUGUACAACUUAACAGAUGGUUCCGCUCUGUGGCUGGAGAGAACUACAGGUUUCUACAAUGCUACAGCCAACUUCUUCAGCCCAUUCGACAAUGCCACAAAUAUAAUGUACGAACCAGCCUGCGAGAAAGUCAACACCUGCAACACAGAUCAGUUCUCAUUUAAAGCCUACCUCUCAAGGUUUAUGUGGGCAACCAGCGUCAUCGCACCAUUCACCGCCCAAUCAACCGCACAACUGCUGACCACAUCAGCUCUUGCAGCUGCAAACGCCUGUUCUGGACCAAGCGAUGGAGUCACUUGCGGAGCGAGAUGGUAUGAGCCAGGCUUUGACGGGAAAUGGGGAUUAGGACAACAAAUGAGCGCGCUAGAAGUGAUCCAAGGACUCUUAAUUUCAGGGAGUGUAGCUCCUCUGCACGCUGAUCAAGUUAGCGUCAAGUCCACACCAGCGGCACCAGCCACACCCAUCGAACCGGUUCCUAGCCCUACCGAACCACCACCAGAAGCUCCACCGCUUGCUAAAAAGGGAUUGGGCAAUGCGGGAAACAGUGGACCAAGUGGCAGCAUGUGGGCUGCGAGUUUGAUUGCUACUCAGGCAUUCAGACUGGCACGAUGAGAGAAUUCAGGUAUGUAACGAAGGAAAUGAAUGAAUAAGGCCGGCCUUGGAAGUGGCUCGAGUUAGCAUUUGAUAUGGCAUGUUGGAGGAGUGGAUAUUUUGUCUGGUACAUGAAGGAGCAAACUAGGGGCCACGGAGGGAAUCGAUUCCUUCCGACUAGGUGCGGAGGAUCAAUCGUCACGUAUCGGGAAUUUGGGAAGCGAUGAUUUUUUUGUUUUUUAUACCACAUAGAUUGAGCGUGGCGUUCUGGGUGAAUGGACCGGUUUCCUUUCAGAUUCAAGCUUGAGCUAUGCAUUUACAAUCUUGAUGAAGGGAAUAUAAUUUAUAAUUUGAUGGGCAAUUUAUUCAUCUGAG